GCGACCGUUCCAGAGUCGCAUUUUGUCGGGCGGCAGCGUUCCACAAUCCGUUCUGGCUUGAGGCCGUGUUUCUGUGCAGCUCUCGCCAGCGGUCCGCGCGUGCCACAGCAAUCGGUCGGCCGCUGGCGCACCGCGACGAUGGCGGCGCCGAUGCGCCUCUGGCUCUCUGGCUCGCGGCGGGCGCGGCCGCCGCGGGCGCCCCGGGCCCCGAGGGGCUGCGCGCGGACGUGGCGGAGCUGCGCGAGGAGCUGCGCGAGGAGCUGCGCGCGGAGCUGCGCGAGGAGCUGCGCGCGGGCCUGGGGGCUCGGCGCCUGGAGGCGGAGCAGCUGGCGGCAGAGACGGAUCGGCGCCUGACCGGCACGGAGAGCGCGAUGACGUCGUCUUGGCUGAUCUUGUGUGGCGCGCUGGUGAUGUUCAUGCACGCAGGCUUCGCCAUGCUUGAGACGGGUAGCUGCAGGUCAAAGAACGCGUCGAACGUGCUGAUGAAGAACCUCGUGAACGUGUGCAUGGGCACGAUCGGGUGGUACUGGUUCGGGUGGGCCUUCGCUUACGGCGUUGAUGACCACACGCCCCAGGUGGAGACAGGAGGGAAUGGUUUCAUUGGCACCGACGGCUUUGCUGGUAAAGACUUCAACAACUACGAAACUGAGGGGGCCAUCGUAUCGAAUGGCAUUGCUCUCGCUUGGUUCUUCCAGUGGGCCUUCUGCACUGCUGCCGCGACAAUCGUCAGCGGCGCUGUCGCCGAGCGCGUGCUGAGCCCCACGUACGCAGUCUUUGCCUUCGUGAUGGCGUCUUUCAUCUACCCCGUGGUCGUCGCGUGGACCUGGGGCUACGGGUGGCUCAGCAACUUGUUCGACGCCCAGAUCAUCGACUUCGCGGGCAGCGGCAUCGUUCACCUCACCGGCGGCGUUGCCGGGCUCGCAGGCACCAUCGUGUUGGGACCACGCAAGGGCCGCUUCGAGCACCCCGAGCAGUUCGACGCGCACAGCCUGCCGCUUGUCGUGCUGGGCACCUUCAUCCUGUGGUUCGGUUGGUAUGGUUUCAACUGCGGCUCCACCCUCUCGAUGAACGAGGGCGCUGGCCUGCUGGCUGCCCAGGUGGCCAUGAACACAACGAUCUCCGCCGCGACUGGCGGCAUGACCGUCUUCUUCCUGCGGUACAUACUCACGCACACCUACGACGUGGGCGGCCUGUGCAACGGCAUCCUGGCCGGCCUGGUGUCCAUCACGGCCCCCUGCGGCAACGUGGAGGCCGGAAGUGCCCUCACGAUCGGGCUCAUCGGCGCUUUUGUGUACCAGGGAUGUUCCAUGCUGCUCCAGAAGCUCAAGAUCGACGACCCGGUGGACGCUGUCCCGGUCCACGGCGCCUGCGGCAUCUGGGGCGUGCUUGCUGCGUUCUUCUUCGACUGGGGCGUCGGCUUCAAGCACUUCCACGGUUGGAGCGGCUUCAGCUGCACGGUCGACCCCGACACGGGGAAUUGCGACGACUACGCUACUGGCAAUGUGCUCGCCGCUCACAUAGUCAUGAUCCUCGCGAUCAUCUUGUGGUCUGGCACCCUCUCCGGCGUCACCUUCUUCGUGCUCAAGAUGACCGGCAAGCUUCGAAUCGACGAGAAGACGGAGGACAUGGGGCUGGACGCCGCCAAGCACUCCCCGCCCAAGGCGUACACCAUGUCGACCAGCGCCCCAGCGGAGACGCCGAACAUGAACCCCACGCAAGCCUUUGGCUGA